CACGACCUUGCGCCAUACCGUCGCGCGUCGUGUCACGUCCGGAUGAUUCGUUCCGUUCCGUUCCGUUCUCGCCGAUGCGAAGAGAUGCCCGCGUCACCUUACGUCUCUCGAGUCAAUCAGAUCGACGCUGUCCAGCUGGACGAGGAAAUCUACAAAGUGCUUAGGAAUCAAGUGAAGGAGAUCACCAAGUAUCAGUCGAUAGAGAAGAUCGAUCGAUGGCAGCCGGAGAUCGACGCAGUUCUCAAGUAUUUCAUAUGGAAUUUUUCGCUGCGCCACGGAAAAUCGACCUUUGGACAGCAACUGCUAAAUUUGCAUUACGAGAAUAUCACCGGUGCAAAGUCUCUUCUCUAUUUGAUUUUAACGAUCGGCCCGGCGUACGUGCGCGAUAAAUUCGUGGACAGCGGCACGAAUCGCAAUUUAACCCUCCUUCUCGAUCGUCUCGCAAACGUCGCCAAGCUCUUGGAUUUUAUCAAUUUGUUGAUCUUUUUGCAUCGCGGAACGCAGCCUCGCAUCGUCGAAUACUUGCUCGGAAUCGCGAGUCGUUCCGUGACCACUCACAAGCCCAGAAACAUCGGAUAUUCGUACAUGACGAGGGAACUGCUCUGGCACGGUCUCAUGGAAUUGUUCACCACAGGUUUGCCCAUGAUCAAUCUCCACUAUUUCAAGCAUACGUUCCAAAAGAUGUUUACGCAGAAAAAACACGUCGACCUGCGACGUUCUUUUCCGAAAAUGGACUCGUCCAGCAAGUGUGCCUAUUGCGCAGACACUCCGAUCUUACCGAUGCACGCCGGUUGUCCGCACAUCUUUUGCUACUACUGUCUCAAGGCUCACUUCACGGCGGUGGAUGAAUUUCAGUGCCCUGAAUGCAGCACUCGGUUACACGUUGCGCAUAUGAAGACGUACCAAACAAAUUCCUCGGUGCCUUCUUAG